UCUAAAUAUAAAAUAAAUAAAAAUUCGACUUUUGGAGAGGAGGCGUUUCGUUUCGUGUCGUUUUGGGGAGAGAGACAGGUAGAUGUUGUACGGCGCUCGUUUACUCCAUAGGAUCUUUCUCAUGGCUCCGAAGCCCAAACCCCACCGUCUCGAUCAAGUUGCAGGUACUGCGUUACCGAGCUCAGCUAAGAGAGCAAGGACAAUGAGCACAGAGUCCUCAUUCAAAGAUGCAUUUGGAAAAUACGCAGAAUAUCUUAAUAACCUUAAUGAAAAGCGGGAAAGAGUGGUAAAGGCAAGUCGCGAUGUAACCAUGAACAGCAAAAAGGUCAUCUUUCAAGUGCACAGAAUGAGUAAGGAUAACAGAGAAGAAGUUCUUGAGAAGGCUGAAAAAGAUUUAGCAGCUGUAACAGAUCGCUAUAUGUCUCGAAUGGUUAAAGAACUGCAAGGGACCGACUUUUGGAAGCUAAGACGAGCAUAUUCUCCUGGGGUACAAGAAUAUGUUGAAGCUGCAACAUUCUGCAAAUUCUGCCGAACAGGGACUCUUCUGAAUCUGGAUGAGAUUAAUGCUACUCUAUUAACACUUAGUGACCCAUCUCUUGAGCCUUUGCAAAUAAAUAUCCUUGACUAUAUUUUGGGGCUUGCAGAUUUAACUGGAGAGCUGAUGCGGUUGGCAAUUGGUCGAAUUUCAGAUGGUGAGCUUGAAUUUGCUGAGAAGAUAUGUGGGUUUGUUCGUGAAAUCUACAGGCAGCUGAACCUUAUUGUCCCACAUAUGGAUGAUAGUUCUGAUAUGAAAACAAAGAUGGAGACAAUGCUUCAAAGCAUCUUGAAAAUAGAGAACGGUAUUUAAUCAAAUUUACCUUGG